AUGAUGUCCGGAAAUUACACAAGCAUUCAAAACCAGAAUGCCUCCGGAUCUGUUCCGCCUGCUCCAGAUCCGCCGGGACAAGUCUCCGUCAAAUUCAAUGAAUCAACACUACAAACAUUUCCACCGUCUGCACCACAAGGGAAGAUCGCCGGCGGUUCUGGACCACCUCGUGACGCUGAUGAUACGUUCUCAAAGCCUUCAUCUGGUUCAUCAGAACAACCAAGUGCUGGUUGGCUUAAGGUAUUCACAAUCGCUGCUUACCAGCCCUACUUCGAUGUUGACACAUCGGAUAUCCUGGAGAGGAUUAAAGACUCUUUUCUUCCCUUCAGAGGGACUUUCAACGAGAAGACUGCUAGCAACCCAGACUUGUAUGGGCCUUUUUGGAUAUGCACCACAUUGAUCUUUGUAUCGGCUGCAAUUGGUACUUUUGCCGCUUAUCUUGCUCACAGGAUAAGUCACAAGGAUUGGGACUAUGAUAUUCGUCUGUUGACCUGGUCUGCAAGCCUGUUGUAUGCCUAUGCCGUUUUUGUCCCCAUCAGUUUGUACAUAAUUCUCAAGUACUUAUCUGCACCUUUGGGCUUAAUUCAACUAGUCUGCCUCUAUGGCUACUCCCUCUUUAUCUUCAUUCCGGCAGUGUUCCUGUCUAUGAUUCCGGUGGAAAUGUUCAGAUGGGUGGUGGCGGGUGUUGCUGGAUUCAUGUCAGCAAUGUUUGUGGCAUCGAAUCUGCGAACCCAUAUAGUGUCAGCAGGUGAAAAGUGGUUCUGGAUUGUUGCUGGGAUUUUCCUGCUGCAGCUGGGUCUGUCCAUUGUACUUGAGCUUUAUUUGUUCAGUUCAAGUGCAACCAAUCCCAUCAUGGCAUGA